CAACAACCGGCGAUAUAAGCGGAAGGGCAGAGUUUGUCCCUCACGAUUUGCUGUUGAACAGAACUGUCAUGUCGGCUCACUUGAUGUCUCUGCACAGAUGUUGCCAGCGGUCGGCUCUCCUCCUUGUUGCCAGGCGACCAUGGAGCUCGAGCUCGGCGUCUCCUCCUCCACUCCACACGAGGCUGCUCCUUUUCCUCACCCAGAGGUUCUAUGAUAUGGAGAUGCUCCUGAGCUGGAGCUCUCAGCUGAAGAGGAGGGUGAUCCAGAGGAAGAACGCGUACUACAGCUACGCUCAGAGGUUUCAUGGGUCGGACAUUGCAGCAGCGUAUUAUGUCUUAAAUCUAAAGGGAGGAUUUCGGUUUGUUGGGCUGUCAGCCUGGUUUCGUGCUAACCACAGGGGCAAGUUCAAUUGGGAUUUCUUGAACCACAAAGACACACCGCUAGAGGAAGUCGACAUGAGCUACUCUGUCAUCAACUACACAGGACUGGUGAACCUGGAGGGACAGCGAUCUUUGAGGACUCUGUCUUUUCGAGGAUGUCCUGAAGUGGACGACUGGUUUCUGGCCAAGCUCCACAUGUUCCAGGACUCCCUGGAGGAACUGGACAUCUCUCAUUGUCCACGCAUCACGACAGGCGGCCUGGCUGCACUGAGGAAUCUCAAGGGACUGCGGCGUUUGGACAUUUCAUCCCUACCUGGGAUUUCGAGUCCUGGGUUGAUCAUCAUCCUACUGGAGGAAAUGUUACCACAGUGCCAAAUCACUGCGUCUGGCUACAACCUCAGUCUGAGUCAGGAGGAGAAGAUGGAGCAAAUGCAAGAGCAGAGAAAAGGACAAAGUUAGGUGCAGAGGGAAAACCUGACAUAAGAAGAAGAGACGUUAUAGGUCUGGAUCGGUUGGACUGGGACAGAUUUAGUUUGAUCUCAGAGAAAGACUUGAAUUUUACAAAUCCUGACAUAAUCCUGCAGAGUCAACCAGGUACAGACUCAAAUUUGAUUGGACCUUUACAACACACAAUUGGAUAUAGAACAUUUAAAACAGUAAAGCGUGGAAAAAGAAUGGACUACCUCAAGUUUGUUGGGUUAUUUGUAAAAUGUAUUUAAUGUAUUUGUUAUCUCAACACCGUUUUCAGAGAUGAACUCUGGAAAAUGUCUGCACAAUGUGCUUUCUCCAGAGGUUGCCUUUCCAAAAUGAAGAAGGCGGCAGGAGAUCCUCUGGUCAGACACGGGCAUAACAACACAGAAAUCUCUGUAGCGUUCAGGCGAGGGGAAGUGCACCAUGCAGGAGGCCUGAUGUAACAUAUAAAUUCCACUGCGCAGAUCACAUGUUUUUAGCACAUCGACACCAGUGUUGGCUCGUAUCACCCAACACUCCCACAACGUCAUCAACGCGCCCACUCGCUCGCACUGAACCCUCCAGAUAAUUUCCUGCUCAAUUCUCACAUGGGCUCACGUGGACAUUAUCCAGAGUUUUUACGGGGGGGCUAGCAGCAGAAACUCUGGAGACUGUUGACAGCAACUGACUCAGACAUUUGCGUUCUCACUUAUUGUCACUGGUAAUUUCAGGAGAUUAUCUGGAGUUCAGUGUAUGUUCAGUGCACAGUUUCCUUGCCCAGUCAAUUUCAAAUAAAGAGUUUGCACUAUUGUGAAUAGGAUUUCUCCGUCUCCAGCCAAUCAAACUUUGUCUGCGUAUGUUGUGGUGUAAAUAUGACUGUAAAUGUACAAAAUAAAUGAUUAUGUAUGAUUA